CGAAACUCUACAGGAUAAAAUACGAAUGAUUCAUUCCUCUUUUCAAAAUAGCUUCGGCAAUCUCCCACCUUCCCCCUCACCCGUUCCUCACUCCCUGCACUUCACUUGCUACUUCAAACAUGGCUACUGCUUCUUGCAACCUCCAGCUGAAGCUACUCUUCCUCCUCUUCUUCUGCCAUCUAUGGCCUUGCUUUCUUGCUGCAGUGAACAUUUCUCAUCUUCCAGGUUUCAAUGGAGAACUUCCAUUUCGGUUGGAGACCGGGUAUGUGACAAUGGAUGAGGAGAGUGGAGCUGAGCUCUUUUACUACUUUGUGGAGUCAGAGAGGAACCCUAACGAGGACCCGCUCCUCCUUUGGCUUAUUGGCGGCCCUGGAUGCUCUGGUUUCAACGGCUUGGCUUUAGACAUGGGCCCGCUUAGAUUUAAGGUUGAUGAUUUUGAUGGCAAUUUGCCAACCAUAGUUGCCAAUCCUUAUGCUUGGACAAAGAUUGCAAGCAUGAUCUAUUUGGAUUGGCCUAUUGGUACUGGAUUUUCAUACUCCAGAAAUGAUAAAGAUUAUUUCACUGAGGAUGUGCAUGCGAAAAAACUACUAUAUGAGUUUCUCAAAAAGUGGCUUCUUGAUCAUCCACGAUUUCUCUUGAACCCUUUCUACAUGGGUGGUGAAUCAUAUGGUGGAAAGAUGGCUGCACUUGUUGCCCAUGAGAUAGUUGAAGGAAAUGAAGAAGGCCAGCAGCCACAAGUCAAUAUCAAGGGUUAUUUAGUUGGCAAUGCAAUAACUGGCGAUAAAGUUGAUAAAAAUUCUCAAGUGCCUCAUGCUUAUGGACUUGGUAUAAUUCCGGAGGAACUCUAUAAGCUCAUUAAAAAGGGUUGUGUAGGAGAAGAUUACGUAAAUCCUCAGAAUGUUUUUUGUGCUGCACAGCUCAAAGUCUUUAAUGAUUACCUUUCAGAAAUUAAUUCUUAUAGCAUACUGGAUCCCAAGUGCUCUGAUGAACCUCCAACUCCACAAGAAAAUGUCGGAGAUGGUAGAUCUCUGGAAGAGAACUAUGCACAGUUCCUCACCCAACCUUCGAUUCCAGAUACUAGUUGCCUAAAUGGUGAUCUUCUUGCAAAUUACUGGGUAAACAACAAUCUAGUUAGAAAGGCCCUACAGAUCAAGGAAGGGACUCUGGGACGAUGGCACCGCUGCGACUUCAAUGUGAAUGCAUAUCAUUACACACGCAGUAUCCCUUCCUCUGUACCUUAUCACUACAAUCUAAUACGCAAAGGCUAUCGAGCUCUGGUGUACAAUGGAGAUCAUGAUAUGAGAAUCCCAUUCUUGGGCUCAUUGAAGUGGAUAAAGUCGCUCGGCUUCUCUGUCUUGGAUCCAUGGCGAUCUUGGCAUGUCAACGACCAAGUUGCAGGGUAUACUGUGUUGUUCUCAAACAACUUAACAUUUGCAACAGUGAAGGGUGGGAGUCAUGUGGCGCCUGGUAAAAGGCCUGUGCAAUGCUUUGCUAUGUUUGAGAGGUGGAUUUCUCAUCAAGUUAUCUGAAGCUAGUAGUGAAGAGUGACUUCAUAACAAAGGUAGACUAGGAGAUGAAAAAUGAUUGGUAUAACAAAGUUGGAUUUGUCUAUUGUCUGCUAGGAUAUGUUAGCACUCUAUAUUAUUGUUCCUUCCUAUGUUUCUGACUUUGGUGAUCAAAUUUAUAUGAUCAUUUGGACUUAUAUGUGAUCUAGUUUACCAGCAAAUAUGACCAUCUGAUGGCUCAGUUGGGAAUUUCA